CACAGCAAAAUAGCGGUACCGGUCUAGGCUAAAUUAAAAGCUUUCACCCUACAAUUUAUCAUCGGUCACCGGCGCUUCUCUGGCUCAACACGUACUUACAAUUAGCAUUCAAAGACUAGAACACUCUUAUCUAUUUCACCGGUCACGCAGAUUUAAAGUUGACUUCCUAGUCGUUUAUAGCGAUCGCUGACCGGCUCGUCGGAACGCAUGCCUUGUAAUAUAUUCUUAAAGAAUGAUAUAUAAAAGAUGAUGAUUUAAUAUUCAACUUCUUUUUCAUUCAACAUCCUACUCAAUCAUAAUGGUAGCUGCUUUACAAGAGCUCAAAGGAACUGUUCUCCAAUAUCGCCACGACACAGAACGGGUUUGGGUACAGCCAUGGGGUCCAAACGCUUUACGGGUACGUGCAAUGCGUGAUGCAUUCAUAACUUUGGAUCAGGAUUGGGCACUUUCACAACCUGUAAAACCAACUACCGAAGCAACAGUCACAAUCAAAGAUCAAGAAAAUGCUUCGCUUCAUAAUGGAAAGAUCAUGGUUCAAAUUGUUAAAGGCAAAAUGACAUUUUUCAAUACAGAAACAAAUAAACCUUUACUUGAAGAAUAUGUCCGAAAUCGAUUCGAUCCCGUUGAUCCAAAUGCAAGCGCAUUAGAGCUUGAUGCUCGUACGUUUAUUUCUGUUCGCGGAACGAAUAAUUAUAAGAUUAUAGCCCGAUUCGAAUCCUUAGAUCCCGAAGAACGAAUUUACGGUAUGGGUCAAUAUCAACAACCAUAUCUUAAUAUCAAAGGUGCUGAUAUUGAAUUAGCACAUCGUAACUCUCAGGCAAGUAUUCCCUUUGCUACAUCAAGUCUAGGUUACGGUUUCCUGUGGAAUAAUCCCGCUAUCGGUCGUGCGGUUUUCGGAAAGAAUCUUACAUCCUUUAAAGCAACCAGUUCUCUAGCAUUAGAUUAUUGGAUCGUUGCCGGUGAUACACCAGCAGAAAUUCAAGAAAGGUACGCAGCUGUGACCGGUUAUGUUCCAAUGAUGCCCGAAUACGGUUUAGGGUUUUGGCAAUGUAAAUUACGCUAUCAAACGCAAGAAGAAUUGUUACAAGUUGCUCGUGAAUAUCGAAAGCGAGAUUUGCCGUUGGACUUAAUCGUGAUCGACUUCUUCCAUUGGGCUUUACAGGGAGAUUGGAAAUUUGAUAAAACGUUUUGGCCAGAUCCAGUAGCAAUGAUGGCAGAAUUAAAGCAACUCGGAGUCGAAUUGAUGGUCAGUAUUUGGCCAACGGUCGAUAAGCGGAGUGAGAACUACGAACAACUUCGAGCCGAUGGUCAUCUUGUCAAAACUGAAAGAGGUUCACAGACGCAGCUCGAUUUCCAAGGAGAAUGCAAUUUCGCCGAUUUCAGCAACCCUGAAGCUAGAAAAGCAGUCUGGCAAAUCGCAAAACGCAAUUAUUUCGAGCUUGGAAUCAAAACAUUCUGGUUAGAUGAAGCGGAGCCCGAAUUUACCGGAUACGAUUACGAUCAUUAUCGUAUGCAUGCAGGUUCAUUCUUGCAAGCGGGAAAUAUUUACCCUAAAUGCUAUGCAGAGGCAUUUUAUGAAGGACAAGAAGAAGCAGGCCAAAAGAAUAUCGUAAACUUGUUGAGAUGUGCCUGGGCAGGCUCACAAAAGUAUGGCGCACUGGUUUGGAGUGGUGAUAUCGCAUCAUCCUGGAAAUCAUACCGUAAUCAAUUGGCUGCUGGAUUGAAUAUGGGUUUGUCGGGUAUUCCAUGGUGGACGACCGAUAUCGGAGGAUUCCACGGAGGUGAUCCAAAUGAUGAAGCUUUCCGUGAAUUAUUUGUCAGGUGGUUCCAAUGGGGUACAUUCUGCCCAGUCAUGCGGUUACACGGAGAUCGCGAACCAAAACAACCUCAACUCGGAACAACCGGUGGUUCAGGCUGUCUCAGUGGCGCUGACAAUGAAGUUUGGAGCUAUGGUGAAACCGUUUAUAAGAUUUGCGAAACCUACAUGUAUAUUCGAGAAGAUUUACGCAACUACACACGUUCUUUAAUGGAAGAAGCUCAUCAAAAGGGCUCACCUGUUAUACGCACUAUGUUCUACACGUUCCCAAAAGACGACGAAGCUUGGAAGGUUGAGGAUCAGUAUAUGUAUGGCGACCGUUAUUUGGUUGCACCUGUUUUGCAACCUGGACAACGUCAAAGAAAGGUAUAUUUCCCUAAAGGUACGAUUUGGCAACAAUUCAAAGCAUCUACCACACCCCGCAAAGCCAAGUCUAUUACUGCUUCCGAGAAUACCUCUGGAUCUAGUAUUCAAGGUGGUCAAACUAUCACUGUCGAUGCCCCAUUGGAAGAGAUGCCAGUAUUUGUGCGAGUUGGCUGAGCUGUACGACCAGAGACCUGUAUAUUUAUUUUAUUGAAUCUUAUUUUCUGAAAAAAGCG